AUGGAUUCAUAUCAGACAUAUAUGCACCAACCAGGACCUAUUAUUGCCGCUGCAGCGGUUCUACCACUGGUUGGCUUGAUAGCGGUGAUACUAAAGUUCUGGGUACGGAAAAAGCAAAAACAACCCCUGAAAGCUGACGAUUGGCUCAUGAUACCUGCUAUACUUUUGACUUGUGGAAGUGGCAUUUGUGUGGUAUAUGGCGUCUCACAAAAGGUUGUGGCAUAUCCGAUCGGAACGUCGCCACCACACUCGGAUGGAAAGCAUUCGACAUUAUGCCUGAUUCAAUGGGUUUUCGGUUUGAUCUUCCCUUUAACUCUAGGAUGCAUUAAAACGAGUUUUCUAUUUUUCUACAUGCGCAUUUUCUCGGUCACAAGGAGGAGUACGGUGAAUUACGUUCUCGUUGGAAUGAUCAUACUUGUCGUUUCACUCUCAACGGCGUUUUUCCUAGCGGAUCUCAUUCAAUGCGUAACGAACUGGUCGAUGAUGGAAGGUCCAAGCGCGGAUAUUUUGAUCUAUUGCACUCAUAUGAUGAAAACGGCAUUUGCUAUAAGUAUUUGCGACUUUAUAACGGAUGCUAUGAUAAUAGUUAUCCCGAUACCCCUGGUCUGGCGCUUGAAUUUAACAACCUCGAAGAAGUUUGCCGCUAGCGCCGUUUUCCUUCUAGGAGCAGUAUCGACUAUUGCCUCCGUUAUUCGACUCGGUAUGAUGUCAAUCAUGAUGUUUAGGAUUGGUCAACCGGAAUUUGACCCGAUGAAUGAGGGCUCGUUACUAACAGAGUAUCUGUACUGGGGUCUCAUUGAACUCGGAAUAGGUGUAUGUGCUGCUUGCCUUCCAACGCUACAGUUUCUCGUUAGAAAACGGUCCCCAAAAUCGAUAUUUAGAGCAGCUGGAGGCCAUUUUAAACCGAAACGUGUACAUUCUAUAUAUGAAGAGACCGAGGCAAGUUCCCUGGAGCCUCUGAGCCCUAUAUAUACGACGCGCGAUAGACUUUAUAGGGAUAUCGAAGAGGCAGUACCUGGCUCAUACAUAUGA